AUGUGGAGGGGCCCGGUAGAGCUGGAUGGUGAGAAUGCAAGGCUUGCAGAUUACUUUGACGUGAUAGCGGGGACAAGCACGGGCGGCCUUAUGACCGCCAUGUUAACUGCUCCGAACGAAAAUAACCGACCUCUUUUAGCCGCGAAAGACAUCAAGCCGUUCUAUCUGGAGCACUGCCCUAAGAUAUUUCCUCACAAGAGAGGCGCGUUUGGAUGGCUUGUAAAGAAUCUGAAGUCGUUAUUCGGGCCCAAGUACAAUGGCAAAUACCUUCAUAAGAUUAUAAAGGAGAAACUUGGAGAGACGAGGUUGCAUCAGACCUUGGCCCAUGCUGUCAUCCCUACUUUCGACAUCAAACAUUUGCACCCCACAAUUUUCUCCACUUACGAGGUGAAAAAGUCCCCGCUGUUGGAUGCUCGAUUAUCCGAUAUAUGCAUCAGCACAUCUGCAGCACCAACUUAUCUUCCAGCCCACCACUUCAUGAACCAAGACAGUAAAGGCAAUAUCAAGGAAUUCAAUCUCAUCGACGGUGGUGUGGCUGCAAAUAACCCGGCUCUGGUGGCAAUAAGCCAAGUAACAAAACAGGUGUUCGAUGAAAACCCAGAUUUCUUCCCCAUCAAGCCCAUGGACUACGGCCGAUUUCUGGUGAUCUCAAUUGGCACGGGCUCGGCCAAGGGGGAAAAGAAGUACAAUGCUAAAAUGGCAGCCAAGUGGGGAGUGUUGGACUGGUUAAUUCAUGGACGUAGCACUCCAAUAGUAGAUGUUUUCAGUCAAGCAAGUGCUGAUAUGGUUGAUUUUCAUAAUUCCGUGGUCUUCCAAGCUCUUCACUCCGAGGAUAACUACCUUCGGAUUCAGGAAGACAGGUUGAGCGGAACGGACUCCUCCUUGGAUAUCUCCACAAAGGAGAACUUGGAGAAGCUUGUUAGCAUUGGAGAGAAGUUGUUGAAGAAGCCGGUUUCGCGGGUGAAUUUGGAAACUGGCUUAUCAGAGCCAGUUAAGAACGGUGGCACAAAUGAGAAAGCUUUAAAGAGGUAUUCAAAAAUAAAAAUAUUAUUUUAA